CAGGAAAUCCUUUCUCGCCUUGGAUCAGCGAAAUAUUUUUUUAGGAAGUGGUUUUAGUAUGUGCAACUAAAGGAUUUUGACAGAAAAACACCCGGAAAAAAAUCACAGCCAAACACAGGAUUAAUGCUCGAGAGAAAGACAAUAGAUGAGAUCUUAGCCUGAGUGUGAAAAUAUGCCAUGAACAGGCUUUGAAGAAAUGCGAACAGGAACGCUGACACCAGAGUAUGCACAGAGCUUCUUUGUUGGGUGUUUCAGUAUGCUGGCCAUCGCAACAAACAAACCAAAUCCAGAGGAACAAAAUGGCUCCGCAAAGCAGAUGACAUUAAAAGCAGAGGAAGAAACCUAAUAGAUCUGUGUUGUCUGUCAUCCCUGACCUUGUACGAUGGACUGGCUUCAGAGGUCGGCACAGCGCUGCUGUACCUACAGCACGCUGACGGCCUGGCUGCCCAUUCUCUCCUGGCUGCCCAAGUACAAACUGAAAUGGCUGCAGAUGGACCUCCUUGCAGGUGUCACUGUUGGCCUUACAACUGUACCGCAGGUGUUGGCUUACGCUGAAGUAGCCGGCCUUCCUGUUCAGUAUGGACUCUACUCUGCCUUCAUGGGGGGGUUUAUCUACACCCUGCUGGGGACCUCUAAGGACGUGACUCUGGGUCCCACGGCCAUCAUGUCCCUCUUGUGUUUCACUGUGGUGGGGGGCCAGCCACAUAGAGCCGUGCUGCUCAGCCUCCUCUGUGGACUCAUCCAGACUGUGAUGGCAUUACUGAGAUUAGGAUUCUUGCUGGACUUCAUCUCUUAUCCUGUAAUAAAAGGCUUCACUUGUGCUGCUGCAGUAACGAUUGGCUUUGGUCAGGUCAAGAAUAUUCUGGGAAUCCAAGAUGUUCCCCACGAGUUCUUCCCUGAAGUCUACUACACCUUCUACAAGAUCCCAGAGGCCAGAGUAGGGGACGUGAUCCUGGGCCUGCUUUGUCUGGUUCUGCUGAUCAUGUUGAUGUUCAUGAAGAGGAAUCUGGAAACCUCUAACAAUGACUCCACCUGCCCCAGAGUCUCCAGGAAACUAGUGUGGGGUGUUGCUACCAUGCGUAAUGCCCUGGUGGUUGUGGCAGCAUCCCUCAUAGCCUUUUCGUGGGAGGCUUCUGGUCAUCAUGUGUUUACAAUAACUGGGAAAACUGCCCAGGGACUUCCUCCAUUCAGUCUUCCACCCACCACAGACACCUCAGCCAAUGGUACCGUUGUCUCCUUUGGAGAGAUUGUAAAGGGCUUUGGUGGUGGUCUUGCUGUGAUCCCCUUCAUGGGUCUCUUGGAGAGCAUUGCUAUAGCCAAAGCUUUUGCCAGUCAGAACGGCUACAGGAUCGAUGCCAACCAGGAGCUGCUGGCAAUCGGUGUGACCAACAUCAUGGGCUCCUUUGUCUCAGCGUACCCUGUCACUGGGAGCUUCGGGAGGACAGCGGUGAACUGCCAGACCGGGGUUUGCACCCAAGCUGGUGGGAUUGUAACCAGUGUGAUAGUUUUGCUUUCCCUGGCGUUCCUCAUGCCGGCCUUCUACUACAUCCCCAAAGCUUCUCUAGCUGCUGUUAUCAUCUGUGCAGUAGCUCCCAUGGUGGAUUACAGUGUUGUUGCAAAGAUGUGGAGGAUACGUAAGCUCGACCUGCUUCCCUUUGCUGUGACGUUCCUGAUGAGUUUCUGGCAGGUGCAGUACGGCAUCAUAGGGGGUGUAGCAGUGUCUGGAGCCCUGCUGCUCUACAGCAUGGCCAGACCCCAGAUAAAGGUGUCUGAUCAUGGCAUGCUGGUGAUGGAGUUGGGCAGUGGACUCAGUUUUCCUGCCACAGAGUAUCUCAGCCACAUCAUACACACUCAGGCUCUGCAAGUGUCUCCUCCGAGGUCAGUGGUUCUGGACUGCCAUCAUGUCAGCAUCAUAGAUUACACAGUAAUCAGUGAGCUGAGGGACCUACUGAAGCAGUUCAAACUACGAGACGUACAGCUCGUCUUUUCUGGACUGCAGCCCUCUGUUCUGAAGGUUCUCCUAUUAGCUGAUCUGCAGGGCAUCAGAUUUGCAGACAGUGUGGAGGUGGCGCUGCAGAUUGGGUCAAAGGACCUCCUUGAUGACUAACACCUAACGCAACCGGUCACAGUGUGGAGAGGAGACGUUGACUGGAAAAUACCAUGUUCCAACAGCUCUUAUCAUGGACGCCUCUUAUGAGGGAUGAUUAAUCCAAUCGCCUGAAAACGUUGUCUACCUCCAGUUACUGAUUUACUGGACACCACCAGUGAAGAAGUAAAUAGAGUUUCCUUCAGCAUUGUAUCCACUAAACCUGACCUUGGAAAUCAUUGUAGAACAACAUGGGACCAGAAGUCUAUACUGCAUCGUAUGACAUUUUACAUUUUAUAUUCAUGAGUUGAAUAUUGAAAAUAUGUGUAUUAAUAUGGUUAUGUACAUAUAAAUCUCUGCACUGCCAGAGACCUAAUCAAAUUUUUUAAGAAUGGGAACAUAGUGUGUUUGUGAUUAAGGAACAGAAAAAAUUAUGCCAUAUUUAUUAAUCUUAUAAAAAUUAAAUGAUGUUUUUCUCUUAUUUUAAUAUUGGUAACAAUGUGCAAAUAAUGUGUGAAUAUCUUUUGACAUGCUUAUUUAUGUGUGUAUAUACACUACACCUACCAGACCUACUGGUCCAAAGUUUGGACACACCUUC